AUGGCUCUUCAACUGUAUCUGAAUGAAAGGAUUAAUACAGCAUUGAAUUCUCAUGCGAUGUGCCGGACCAAGGAGUAUGACUUCAAUGAUGCUAUGGCCCAAUACGCAUGGUACCCCUGCACUGCCAACCAUACUCACACCGUUUUCUGGCUGAAGGCUUUCUAUACCCAACCCAUGGUAGCCACUGCUGUGAUUAUCCACUUAGUAACAGAUGGGACAUGGCUGGAGAUGGACCUUGACCAGAAACAAGAGUCCAUUUUCGUGCAGCUGGUGGACACUAAAAACCAAAGUCACGAUCUCGGGGAGCACGGUUUGAGCUGCCGCAAAAACCCUUUGAUUAUCCCAGUUGUCCAUGACCUCAGCCAGCGUUUCUACCGGACUCGGGCCAUCCUCGUCACCUUCAGAUCUCAGUAUGUGGCCAUCUCCGGGGUGGCCUUGCGCUCCUUCCAGAAUUUCGACCCCAUCGCUGUCAGCAGCUGCCGGAGCGGGCAGACCUACAGCCCCGCGGAGCAGAGCUGUGUCUCUCAUUCUUGCAAGACCAAGGACUGCCAAGAGUUGGACAUUGAGAAUGCCAUGCUGACUUUCACCGAUGGAGGGCACUACAACGGGGCCAAGUGCAACGUUACCUGCCGAACAGGUUAUGUCCUCCGGGCUCACAGAACCAACGAUCUGCCCCAGAGUCAGUGGGAAGCCAGCACCACCAUGACCUGCCUGGAUGGGGAAUGGAACAAGCGAGUCUCCUGUGAGCCCAUUGACUGCAAGAUCCCAGACCAACAUCAUGUCUACCCGGCGACUUUCAACUGCAGCGAAGGGACCACCUUUGGCAAGAAAUGCUCCUUCACCUGCAAGCCCCCUGCUCAACUGAAAGGAAGCAAUAACCGUUUGACGUGCUUGGAAGACGGGCUGUGGUCCUUCCCGGAAGCUCUCUGUGAGCUGAUGUGCAAGGCGCCUCCUUUGAUUGACAACGCUGACCUUCAAACUGGCCGCUGCCGCCUUCAGAAGCACAAAGUGGGCUCCUUCUGCAAGUAUAAGUGCAGGCCAGGCUACCACGUUGGUGGACCUUCACAGAAAGCAAGGAAGAGGACAUUUAAGAUUCAGUGUGCCCAAGAUGGGACCUGGCUGGAAGGUGCCUGCAUCCCUGUGACCUGCGAUCCUCCCCCUUCCAAGUUUCACGGGCUGUACCAUUGCACCAACGGCUUCCAGUUCGACAGUGUGUGUCAGAUUAAGUGCCAAGGCGAAGACCUUCAAUCGGGCCAGGACAAUAACGUGAUUCGUUGUCGAAAGGACGGCAACUGGAGUGGAUCCUUCCAUCUCUGCCCGGAGAUGCAAGGGUAUUGUUCCCCACCCUACCAGUUGAGUGGCGGCCUGAAGUUACAAUGUCCAGAGGGCUCCGGAAUAGGAGCUGAAUGCACCAUCUUAUGCCCAGAACAUCACACUGAGCCCAUCCUGUUACCUGCCAAUGAAACCCUGCAGGACAUCCAACACUGGAUGAAACCUCCCCGAGUGAAGAAAGUGGUCUGCACGGGAGAACUUAAGUGGUAUCCGCGUCCUGCACUAAUUCGCUGCAUCAAAGGUUGUGAGCCUUUUGGGGGUGACAACUAUUGUGAUCCAAUCAACAACCGAGCCUUUUGCAACUACGACGAUGGAGAUUGCUGCGUCUCGACAGUGAAGACCAAAAAGGUCAUCCCAUUCCCCAUGUCGUGCGACCUGCAGGGAGAAUGUGCUUGCUUAGACCCCAACGCUGAAGAGCACAAUCCACAGGACCACCGUGGCUUCAACUUUGCCUAACGCCGAGCGCGAAGGCACAGCAGACACACACAAAAAGAAAGAGAGACAGAGACAGACAGAGAGGGAGAGAGAGAGAGGGAGAGAGAGAGAGAGCUUCCCCGCCAACGGCAGGCAAGGAGACGCACCAUUCCACCUCUCGUUUUAUCAGUAUCAUUAUUAUUUUUUUAAAACAAGCUGCUCAAACUGUCCCCUUGGUGUCGUUUCCGCACCAGGGGCAUUUAUAGACUGCAACCGGUUCUGCCUUCCGUUUCCUUUGCCCGAGGAGACCCAGAAAACUCUGGCGGAGGGGA